AUGGUAUUUGUCCGCUCCUUGUCUCGCCAGCUGCAGCGUCCAGCUGCCUCUCUCCUCUCCUCGACGAAAGCCAGAUGCAUGCCAAUGGCCCGGAGUCCCUUUCAGGGUCCGACGGCGAAUCUUAUCGGUGGUGCACGUACGCUAACCGCAUCGGCGAGCUUGCAGGGUAAAGUUCUUAUGGUUCUCUAUGACGGCGGUGAACACGCCAGACAACAGCCCGGUCUGCUGGGCGCCACCGAGAACGAGCUGGGCUUGAGAAAGUGGCUCGAGGAUCAGGGUCACACCUUGGUCACCACCUCCGACAAGGAGGGAGAGAACUCGACCUUCGACAAGGAACUGGUGGACGCUGAGGUCAUCAUCACCACUCCCUUCCACCCCGGUUAUCUGACCGCGGAGCGUCUGGCCAAGGCCAAGAACCUGAAGAUCGCCGUCACCGCCGGUGUCGGUUCGGACCACGUCGAUCUCAAUGCCGCCAACAAGACCAACGGCGGCGUCACCGUCGCCGAGGUGACCGGCUGCAACGUGGUCUCGGUCGCCGAGCACGUCGUCAUGACCAUCCUGACCCUGGUCCGCAACUUCGUCCCCGCUCACGAGCAGAUCGCCCGCGGGGAGUGGGACGUCGCCGCCGUGGCCAAGAACGAGUACGACCUCGAGAACAAGGUCGUCGGAACCGUCGCUGUGGGCCGCAUCGGUGAGCGUGUGCUCCGCCGUCUGAAGCCCUUCGACUGCAAGGAGCUGCUCUACUACGACUACCAGCCUCUGAGCCCCGAGGUCGAGAAGGAGAUCGGCUGCCGUCGCGUCGACGACCUGGAGGAGAUGCUCGCCCAGUGCGACGUGGUCACCAUCAACUGCCCGCUGCACGAGAGCACCCGCGGUCUGUUCAACAAGGAUCUCAUCUCCAAGAUGAAGAAGGGAGCCUGGCUCAUCAACACCGCCCGUGGUGCCAUCGUCGUCAAGGAGGACGUUGCCGAAGCCGUCCAGUCGGGCCAUCUGCGCGGCUACGGCGGUGAUGUCUGGUUCCCCCAGCCCGCUCCCCAGGACCAUCCCCUGCGCUACGCCCAGCACCCGUGGGGCGGCGGCAACGCCAUGGUCCCCCACAUGUCCGGUACCUCGAUUGACGCCCAGAUCCGCUACGCCAACGGCACCAAGUCUAUCCUCGAGAGCUACUUCACUGGCAAGCAUGAUUACAGGCUGGAGGAUCUCAUUGUCAAGGACGGUGACUACGUUACCAAGGCUUAUGGCCAGCGCACGAAGAAAUGA